GGAAACGAAACCAAGCCAAUAGUUGUUUUAACGUCAAGCCGAACACUUGUUUAUAAAAUAUUUAAUUCGAAUAAUUUGAAUUACUGAUUUUAAUUGAGUGUUACAUAUUUGUAAAAUAUUUUAUUUAUACAAUUAACUAAAAAACUUAAAAUGGCAUGCCAAUCUAAUGGCGUUAGCACAACCGAUUGUAAAAUUAAAUUUACCAUCAAUUUAGUUCGAGAUAAAGAAGAUUUGGAUGAUGACAACGCCGAUUUUCCACCUGGAAUUGUACCCCGGGUUAUUGAAGCUUUUAAUGGAGACACUGGAGACGUGAUCCCACGUAUUUCUUUAUCAUUUUGGAGUUCAUCUUUGAAAACAUUGAUUUCUACGAAUAUCGAUGGCAAUCAGGAAAUUGAUAAGAUAAUAAUGGAUCUAAAUGAAGAUUUACCAAUUAAUUAUCAUAAUCAACGUAACGACUUUUUAACAUUAUAUGAGGAAGAAUUUGCGACUCAUUUCAAACCACAUGGAAAAAUGAUUCAGGUCUUCGACCGGAAAGUGAAUGGUAAAAUGCGGGUUUUUGAAAUUUAUUUUAGCGAUUUUGCCAAUGCUGACGAAUCAUUCAAAGAAUAUCAUCGUCGUAUGGAAUCAUUUGCUCUAUUAUGUAUAGACGGCGCUGUGCGCAUUACUGUGGAUCCUCGAUGGUGUAUUUUUACCAUAUAUGAAGUACAAAAAACACCAAAAUUGCGAUAUCAUUUCGUUGGCUUUUCAACGGUUUACCGAUUUCAUUCAUUCCCAGAUAAAAUUCGACCGCGAAUUAGUCAAUUUGUUAUAAUUCCACCAUUUCAACGAUGCGGUAUUGGCAAACAGUUAUUACGUGUCGAACAAAAUUAUCUGAUUGACACCUUUAAUAUACUUGAAAUCACCGUUGAAGAGCCAUGCGAGGCAUUUUAUGAAAUGCGUGACAUUGUUGAUGCUGAACGUAUUUUGACAUCAUAUCCGUCAUUUGUUCCACAAAUAUUGGAUUCAAAGCCGUCCAGUAAAAAAGCAGUUACAAAUGAGUUUCACAAACGUUUGUUUAUUCCCAAUAAACGUGUUGUCCACAUGUACGAGCUUGUUAAGUUGUAUUGCAUACUCAAAAGUGAUCCUAGCAAGAUUGAAGAGUUGCAGAAAGAAAUUGAAGGGCGUAUUAAAUCGCAACGUAUGAAUGAUACAAAUUUUCUCACACAAAAACAACGACGUCAUGGAUUACGCUCUCAUGAAGAAUUCCUAGGUCGACCGGCAAUAUCCUUAAACGAUAUUGAAGAGCAAUUUAAGGGUCUCUUCAUAAAAUAUGAGAACGUCGUCGAAAAAUUAAUAUCAUCCGAACCGGAAUGGAACACUUCGAAAGAACCUUAAAGAAUUUUUUUUCUCUUUGUUACAAUUGUAUUUUUUUAAUUUUUAAAUGGGAAAACAGGGAUACCCUUUUACUGAAUGGAAUAUGAUCCCAUCGUUAAGGGGGUUAAUAAUUAUGUUAAGCGGGUUAUUUUAUAUUGGCUAGUUUAUUUUUAAGUUAUUCAAUAACUAGAGUUACAUUAAACUAUUCCCCUCUGUCUGAGUUCUGUUAAAGACCUUUUAGCCAAAUUGUCUGUUUGGUUAAAAUUCCUUCUUUACAUGCUUACCAAAAGUGUCAGUUACGGUCCUGUAAAUGUUGUAUUAUUGAAAUAUUUUAACUUUGGAAAUAAAAAUCCUCAAAAACAUUGAAUCCAUUAACACUUUUAAUGAAUAGUAGGAGAGCUAGUGAAGCAUCCGGUUAACUCGUUUCCCACAAAGCUAAAAAAUUUGUUAAUGGUCUCUAUUAUCGGUCAAUUAAGAAAGUACCGUUCUGGUUUGCAUCUCGCGAAAGCGUCAUCAUUCCCGAUAUAUAAUGUCAGAAAGAGAUACGAUAUUUACAAAAGGAUAAUGACGCAAGCGCAAGAUGGCAGCCAGAACGAUGCUAUCAUAAUUGACCGAUAAAUAAAACAUUAUUUAAACUUUCUAGCUUUGUGAGAAGCGUGUUAGUCGGAUAGUUUAUAAGCUCUUAGACUAAUAGCAGUAAAAAGGAACCAAAUAAUCAGAUAAUUUGAUCUAUUUUGUAGGUUAAAAUCACUACUCAGACCCCCUUUUCAUUUUAAAAUAAGAAAAAUUUACUUUAAAAUACGAACAGACAAUUUGUAAAUGGUUCAAAAAAUUCGAAGUUGAUAUCUUUGAAAAUAUGGUCAAAUGUUUUUUUUAUGUUCUUAAAAAUUGUUUUUCUUAUUUUAAUUAUGAUUUCCCUGUUACAUAUACAUAUACCCUAUAGCCC